CCACGAGAGAUCAUUUCGAUCACAAAGACACUGGUCUUUUCUGAAGGCUUUCUCAAGAUUACUCAAGCAUUCCUUCCUCUUUGAUGAGUGUCAGAUGAGAACACUUUUGCCUAAAUAAUAUUGCUUGUUUUUUUUAAAUCAACACUGGCUCCACCUCCAGCUUCCAGAUGCUUUAAAAGGGGGACCUGACAGUACAGCAGAGUCUUUGGAAAAGGAUCAGCUAUCACAAUGUGGUCACUGAUAAAGGUGGUGCUCCUAUCCGCCUUGGCGUCUGCCACCCUGAGAUGUCCAGAUGGAAGUUCUUGCCUGGAAGAUUCAGCAUGCUGUAAACUUCCAGCUGGUGGUUAUGGCUGCUGCCCUGUGGAAGAGGAUGGUUUCAGCCGCCUAUCCGAAGCCCAGGUUCCUGAAAUGAAGUCAGGAGCUGAGAGCAGUCGUGUCGGCAGUAACAGUUCAAUAGUUAGGUGUGAUCACCUGUAUCACUGUCCAGAUUACUAUCUGUGCUGUAAGACAGACAGCGGACAUUGGACUUGCUGCCCACAUCCUUCGACAGUCUGUUGCUAUCGUGGUACCAAGUGCUGCCCUGCAGACAACACUCCUUCUUCUGCGGCACUGGAAGAUCGCACUGAUCCAGUGGAAGGUGAAUCACUGCCAGAGAUGGCAAUCCAGAGCAAUGACAUCAGCACUGGCCCAGCAAUCAGUGAUCAGGAUGGUUUCAGCCGCCUAUCCGAAGCCCAGGUUCCUGAAAUGAAGUCAGGAGCUGAGAGCAGUCGUGUCGGCAGUAACAGUUCAAUAGUUAGGUGUGAUCACCUUUAUCACUGUCCAGAUUACUAUCUGUGCUGUAAGACAGACAGCGGACAUUGGACUUGCUGCCCACAUCCUUCGACAGUCUGUUGCUAUCGUGGUACCAAGUGCUGCCCUGCAGACAACACUCCUUCUUCUGCGGCACUGGAAGAUCGCACUGAUCCAGUGGAAGGUGAAUCACUGCCAGAGAUGGCAAUCCAGAGCAAUGACAUCAGCACUGGCCCAGCAAUCAGUGAUCAGGAUGGUUUCAGCCGCCUAUCCGAAGCCCAGGUUCCUGAAAUGAAGUCAGGAGCUGAGAGCAGUCGUGUCGGCAGUAACAGUUCAAUAGUUAGGUGUGAUCACCUGUAUCACUGUCCAGAUUACUAUCUGUGCUGUAAGACAGACAGCGGACAUUGGACUUGCUGCCCACAUCCUUCGACAGUCUGUUGCUAUCGUGGUACCAAGUGCUGCCCUGCAGACAACACUCCUUCUUCUGCGGCACUGGAAGAUCGCACUGAUCCAGUGGAAGGUGAAUCACUGCCAGAGAUGGCAAUCCAGAGCAAUGACAUCAGCACUGGCCCAGCAAUCAGUGAUCAGGAUGGUUUCAGCCGCCUAUCCGAAGCCCAGGUUCCUGAAAUGAAGUCAGGAGCUGAGAGCAGUCGUGUCGGCAGUAACAGUUCAAUAGUUAGGUGUGAUCACCUGUAUCACUGUCCAGAUUACUAUCUGUGCUGUAAGACAGACAGCGGACAUUGGACUUGCUGCCCACAUCCUUCGACAGUCUGUUGCUAUCGUGGUACCAAGUGCUGCCCUGCAGACAACACUCCUUCUUCUGCGGCACUGGAAGAUCGCACUGAUCCAGUGGAAGGUGAAUCACUGCCAGAGAUGGCAAUCCAGAGCAAUGACAUCAGCACUGGCCCAGCAAUCAGUGAUCAGGAUGGUUUCAGCCGCCUAUCCGAAGCCCAGGUUCCUGAAAUGAAGUCAGGAGCUGAGAGCAGUCGUGUCGGCAGUAACAGUUCAAUAGUUAGGUGUGAUCACCUGUAUCACUGUCCAGAUUACUAUCUGUGCUGUAAGACAGACAGCGGACAUUGGACUUGCUGCCCACAUCCUUCGACAGUCUGUUGCUAUCGUGGUACCAAGUGCUGCCCUGCAGACAACACUCCUUCUUCUGCGGCACUGGAAGAUCGCACUGAUCCAGUGGAAGGUGAAUCACUGCCAGAGAUGGCAAUCCAGAGCAAUGACAUCAGCACUGGCCCAGCAAUCAGUGAUCAGGAUGGUUUCAGCCGCCUAUCCGAAGUCCAGGUUCCUGAAAUGAAGUCAGGAGCUGAGAGCAGUCGUGUCGGCAGUAACAGUUCAAUAGUUAGGUGUGAUCACCUGUAUCACUGUCCAGAUUACUAUCUGUGCUGUAAGACAGACAGCGGACAUUGGACUUGCUGCCCACAUCCUUCGACAGUCUGUUGCUAUCGUGGUACCAAGUGCUGCCCUGCAGACAACACUCCUUCUUCUGCGGCACUGGAAGAUCGCACUGAUCCAGUGGAAGGUGAAUCACUGCCAGAGAUGGCAAUCCAGAGCAAUGACAUCAGCACUGGCCCAGCAAUCAGUGAUCAGGAUGGUUUCAGCCGCCUAUCCGAAGCCCAGGUUCCUGAAAUGAAGUCAGGAGCUGAGAGCAGUCGUGUCGGCAGUAACAGUUCAAUAGUUAGGUGUGAUCACCUGUAUCACUGUCCAGAUUACUAUCUGUGCUGUAAGACAGACAGCGGACAUUGGACUUGCUGCCCACAUCCUUCGACAGUCUGUUGCUAUCGUGGUACCAAGUGCUGCCCUGCAGACAACACUCCUUCUUCUGCGGCACUGGAAGAUCGCACUGAUCCAGUGGAAGGUGAAUCACUGCCAGAGAUGGCAAUCCAGAGCAAUGACAUCAGCACUGGCCCAGCAAUCAGUGAUCAGGCUAAGUGUUGUAAGGAUGGUGGAAACUGCUGCCCCCCUGGCACCGAAUGUGACCCCCAAAGUUCUAAGUGUCGCAAGGAUGAUGUCAGCUUCCCCUGGGGCAUCAAGAAGCCUGCACUGAGAAUAUCCGAGGCUCAGCAAAACUGUGAAGGCAGUGACUGCUCAGUCACUCGAUGUGAUGAUACCCACGUCUGCAAAGCUGGAACUUCCUGUUGUAAAAUGUCAAACCAUCAAUGGGGGUGCUGCCCAUACCCUGAUGCUCACUGCUGUUGGGACGGAAAACACUGUUGUCCUCAUUAUCACUGGUGUGAUACUAAAACCAAUCGCUGCAGGAGGUGGUGGCCUCCUAACGAAUGGAAACAGAUUUCAUCAACCAAAUACGACAAAGGAUCUGAAAACCUUUAAGGCCAUUGUGACCAUUUGCUGCUUUGCAUUUAAGUUCAUAGAUGCAAGCAUGCUUUUCUGCCCUGCAGCUAUUAAAACUGUUGGAACCCACAUUUAGUUAUCAUGGUUAUUGUUGCUUUUUGCCAUACAUUUCUAGCAAUCAAGUUUAAAACUAUCCAGUUUAUUCAAUUUGCUGGUGAUGUUUCUUGAGAGCAGGGGUUCCCAUCAUUUUUUAAGCCAUGGGCCCCUACCAUUAACCAAAGGGCCCCAUGUUGGAAAUCCCUGCUCUAGAAGAUGUUUUUUUGAGGAAUUAAUCAGAUUAUCAAAUUUCUGGCAAUUGUUGUAUGAUAAUUAUUUACAGUUUUUAUCUGUGAACACCUGUUUUGUAUGCUGAUCUUGGCGAUUUCCUUGCAAAUGCUUCAUCACUAUAUGAAGAUACAUCAUCAGUAUGCUGUUAAUUGUGGUGUAUCCUUCAAAUUCUUAGCCUUUGGCUGAUUGGUCAUCAUUACAGAAACUUAAUUGUGAUGUAGGGGGGAAAUCUCUUUGCUGAUUGGUUGUGUGAUGAACUUGGUAUGUUGUGAUCUGGAGUAUUGAGUCAUAAAUGGGAUCAAUGUCUACAUGUCUGUUUACAGAAUUGUUUGUGGAAAACCAUGCAAUUCUGUAACAGACAUGCAGACAUCGAUCCUAUUUAUGAGCCAAUGCGGGCAAAAUUCCCGACCACAAUGCUCGAAGUUCACCACACAGCCAAUCCAUGACAAGACUUCCUCACUACUUCACAAUUGAGUUUCUGUAAUGAGUUUCAGCAGAUUGAUAAAUAUAUAAAGGCCAAGUAUUCGGAAGGCUUGUCACAAUUAACAGCACCCUGAUGAUGUCUCCUCGCAAGGUGAUGAAAUGUUUGCAAGUAAAUUGCCAAGAUCGGAGAACAAUCCAACCCAAGCAUCAGCCACCUGAGCGACAGAUUUUCUUAAUUAUUUUCAACCUUUAUUGUACUAUUUGUAAUCAAACAAGCACCAAAAUAUGACUCCAGUUCAAUUAUUAAGUUGAUUAAAAGCUUUUAUAUGCAAUUGAA